AUGCUAACGCUAAUUUCAGUUUGCUCGUACUUGUAUUAUGCACACAGAGAUUCUAUACUCAACUUCGUGGGGUUAAGUAACAAGGAAGAUCCAAACGAAAGUCAACAAAAUAGAGGAAGCGCUCGAACGAAUAAAAAAAGAGUUAAAGGAAAAAAAUCUGUAAAAGGAGACCUGACGUCUUUGUCCGAUUCAGACAUGCGCAGGAAAAAGUUUAUCUUAAGAACAUACAGCGAUGUCGAUUUUCACAUAAAAUUGCAAAGCAAAAAAG